AUGGCCGCUGUCGCACGCACCAGCCGUCUGGCCUCGCGCCUUGCCAGCAUCUCUCGUCCUACAAUCGCCCCCCGUGCCUCCAUUCCGGCUUUCCAGCGUGCCGGGUUCUCGGUGUCCGCCAGUCGCACCAAGUCUGAGGUCAUCAAGGAGACUGAGGUUCCCGUCUCGGUCUACAACCCGGACGCCAAGGGUGCGGCGUCGUCCACUCCGGGCCACUUCAGCAUCCCAGUCAAGGGUUCCCGUCCUUCGGCACCGCCCGUCGCCGAGGAGAACGAUACCGUCACUCCACUGGAUGAGAAGGUCUAUAAGCAGAUGCCUCGCACGCUUCAGAAGAUGAGCGUUAUGGGCAAGGUCAUUAUCAUCACUGGUGGUGCUCGUGGACUCGGAAACCACAUGGCCCGUGCUUGUGCUGAAGCCGGCGCCAAGGCGAUCGCCAUCUUCGAUGCGAACCAGGACCUUGGUGAUGAGGCUGCUGCCGAACUGCACCAGAAGACGGGCCUGCCGGUUUCGUUUUUCAAGGUAGAUGUCCGUGACGGCAAUGCCAUUGAUGCCGCCGUUCAGAAUGUGGUGGAUCUCUAUGGACCCCCUGACGUUCUGGUGAACUCGGCCGGUAUUGCCGAUUCGAACAUCAAAGCCGAGACGUACGACCCGGCCAUGUUCCGCCGCCUCAUCGAUAUUAACCUGACUGGUUCCUUCUUGAUGUCGCAAUCCGUCGGCCGCGCCAUGAUGGCCGCUGGCAAGCCAGGCUCCAUCAUCCUCGUCGCCUCCAUGUCGGGCUCCAUUGUCAAUUACCCUCAGGAGCAGUCAUGCUACAACGCCUCCAAGGCUGGCGUCAUCCAGCUGGGCAAGUCGCUGGCUGCUGAGUGGGCCAAGUACAACAUUCGCGUCAACUGCAUUUCGCCCGGCUACAUGGACACUGCGCUCAACAAGGUCCCCGCUCUCGAUGCGCAGAAGAAGAUUUGGAAGAGUCUGACACCCCAGAAUCGCCUGGGUGACGUGGAUGAGUUGAACGGUCUUUGCGUCUUCCUUGCUUCGGACGCUUCCAGCUUCAUGACUGGCUCCAACGUCAUUAUCGAUGGCGGCUACACUCUUUACUAA